AGCGUGCGCCGCGCGGAGCCCGCGCUCUGCCCUGCUCGCGCCUCCGGCUCGCGGUCCCGGGGGCUCCUCAGCGCCGGGCGGGGGGGGCUCCAGCAGGCCCGGGGGGCUCCGGGGGGCUCGGCGGGGCUCCCACCAUGUCGGGCGAGGAGGAGGCCAACGAGCUCACCAUCGCCGAGGACCUGGUGGUGACCAAGUACAAGAUGGGGGGGGACAUCGCCAACCGGGUCCUGCGUGCCGUGGUGGAGGUGGCGAAUCCCGGCGCGUCCGUGCUGUGCCUGUGUGAGAAAGGUGAUGCCAUGAUCAUGGAAGAGACUGGGAAAAUCUUCAAAAAGGAAAAGGAAAUGAAGAAAGGAAUCGCCUUCCCCACGAGUAUAUCCGUAAAUAACUGUGUGUGUCACUUCUCCCCGCUCAAGAGUGACCAGGAUUACAUCCUCAAGGACGGGGAUUUGGUCAAAAUCGACCUGGGCGUGCACGUGGACGGUUUCAUCGCCAACGUGGCGCACACCUUCGUGCUCGGCGCCUCCAAGGAAAAUCCCGUGUCCGGCCGCAAAGCCGACGUCAUCAAGGCAGCUCAUCUGUGUGCUGAGGCCGCCCUGCGCCUGGUGAAACCCGGCAACCAGAACACACAAGUGACAGAGGCCUGGAAUAAAAUCGCCCACGCGUUCCACUGCACACCCAUUGAAGGGAUGUUGUCACACCAGCUGAAGCAGCACGUGAUCGACGGGGAGAAAACGAUCAUCCAGAACCCCUCGGACCAGCAGAAGAAGGACCACGAAAAAGCCGAAUUCGAGGUGCACGAAGUCUACGCCGUCGACGUCCUCGUCAGCAGCGGCGAGGGAAAGGCCAAGGACGCGGGGCAGAGAACCACGAUUUACAAGCGGGACCCCUCCAAGCAGUACGGGCUGAAGAUGAAAACCUCGCGCGCCUUCUUCAGCGAGGUGGAGCGGCGCUUCGACACCAUGCCCUUCACCCUCAGGGCGCUGGAGGACGAGAAGAAGGCGCGCAUGGGGGUGGUGGAGUGCGCCAAGCACGAGCUGCUGCAGCCCUUCAACGUCCUGUACGAGAAGGAAGGCGAGUUCGUGGCCCAGUUCAAGUUCACGGUGCUGCUGAUGCCCAACGGCCCCAUGAGGAUCACCAGCGGCCCCUUCGAGCCCGAGCUCUACAAAUCCGACCUGGAGGUGCAGGAUGGGGAGCUCAAGGCCCUUCUACAAAGCUCUGCCAGCCGGAAGACCCAGAAAAAAAAGAAAAAGAAGGCUUCCAAAAACGCUGAAAACGCCACCACGGGGGAGACAGCAGAGGAGAACGAGGCUGGUGAUUGAGAACACUUAAAGUUCUCAAAUUGCCCCUUUUUCCCCCCAAAAAAAAAACCCAGAAAAAACAAAAUUCCAUCCGGAAAUGAAAUCAUCUGGCACCGGUGUUGGUCCAGGCACUCUGGAAUUCCCACAGAAUCCAACAGCUCCCGUUGACUUUGCCAAGGAGGGAGGAAUCUCUCUCUGCCACUUCAGACUUCAAAAUGGAAAAAAGAAUAAUAAUUAUAAUAAAAACCGCCCCUAAAAAGAGCAGCAAAAAAUUUUAAUAAAAAAUUAGGAGUGAAAGUCACAAUGAAAUCUUUGAUAUUCCCCCAUGUUUGGAGAGGUGAAUCCAUAAAAUCCAGGGAGAGGGAGUGGAGGGAGCUGCUGAUUCCUUCCUCAUCCUUCUCCUCCUGCUGCCUUUUUUUAUUUUUUUAAUUUUUCCCUUUGGAAAUUUUCACAAAAAACCCCCAAAAACCAGGUGAUUCCACCCAGAAAAGUGCCCUGUGCAAGCAAUUUUUAUCUUUUCCUUUCUAGGAUUGUACUUUUAAAAUUGGGGAAAAAAAAUAAAAAACCCACAAAUUUUUAAGUUCUUCCUCCUUUUCCCCCACCAGGAGCCUUUUCUGCCUCUGCCUUGAUUGAAGGGAUUUAAAAAAAAAAAAAAAAUUGCUAUUUUUUAACACAAAACUGGUUUUUAAAAUAAUCCAAACCCUGGGGAAGCCGCUGACAUUGAGGCCUUGCGGAGCUGAAUUCCCUAAAAUCCCGGGUUUGGCUGUUUUUUAUCCUUCCCAAUAUCCCCGGGAGCACAUUCCACCUUCAAAUUUCUCUUAUUUCACUUUUUUUUCAAUUUUCCCUCUAAAUUCUUUAAUUUUGAGGGGGAAAAAAAAAAAAAAAUCCGCCCAGAAUUCCUCAGGGGAGAGGUGAGGGAAGCUCAGUCGGGACAGGGGUAUCACUCUUUUAUAGUCAAUUUUUUACAAAAAAACUGCAGAAAAACGAGAAAAAAAAGCCGAUUAAACGCCGUCAGUUGAAUGUUUGAGGUUUUUUUUUUCCCUCUGCUGAUACCCCUGGCUCCUUUUUGUCCCCACCCCCUCUGGUUUUUUUGGGAAUUCCACAUUCCCGGGCGCUCUCCGCAGGCCGCGGCGCUUCCUCGGCCACAUCCGACUUUUCCAGCCCCAAAAAAAAAAAAACAAAAAAACAAAAAAACAAAACUCCAAACGUUACCAAAGUCAAAUAAAAGAGAAUAAACCAUGAGAUCUUGGAUUUUA